AUCACCCUUUCAAAACUGGCCAACCAGACAAUUUCUUAGUCCAUUAUUUAGGAUACUAAAUGGCCAUCACACUUUCAAUAUUGGCCAAUCACACAAUUUCAUAGUCCUUAUUGAGCACACCAAAUGACCAACACAUUUCUAACAUUGGCCAAUCAGACAAUGUCAUAGUUCUGCACUUAGUACAUGUUUAUCAUCACAAGUUGGGAUCAAAAGAUUUGUCCACUACGGUGGAGCAUGCAAUUCAUCAAGAACUUCCCAAUAUAUUUUUGAACUCAUUUGUUUCUUUAUACAAAAGAAAAUGACCUACUCCAUGCAACUGCAAUGGGUAUAUCAUUUGCGGGAAACCUUCACUUAUCUUUGAAGUUCAAUAAAGCUGGGAGUAAUAGCUAAUGUAAAAUGUGAAAUACAACAAGAUUGUUAAUAUAAAGUUUUCUUGAAGUUGAGCUGUUUUUGAACAUUCAUGUUCAAUGAGAAUGCACAGAGUUCCUAUGUAUACAUGUUGUACAUACGCAUAUACAAUGUACUGAUGCAUAUACGGUGUACCUAUACACAGAGUUCAUUCCAACUUUGCAGUCCUCUGCAGUAUGAACAAUCACAUAGGUUGAUACAAACCAUGGUAUACAUACAUACUAUGGUAUUGUUAGUGAACUACUAUACUCUUAGUACAUUCAAGGUGAAACCCCCCUCAUCUCUUGGAUUACUUGCUAAAUGCACCAAUAAAAUAGAGGAUAUAAACAUUCAUUUGGAAAAGAUAUGUCAAAAAGUAAAUGAAAAAUGGAAAUGAUUUGAAUUUCAAUGUUGUGUUUGCAGCAUCCUUAAUGAUCGAUGACAAUGCAUCACAGGAUUCGUUAAUGCUCUUUUGAUUAUUGCUGUGAAUAGAUUAAAGGACGAGUCUAUCAUAUUCACAGCGUU